AUGCUUGCCAAGCUGCAAUCACUGAGUGGUUUUGUUCUGGUGGUGAGUGCUGAUGGAAUGAUAUUCUAUGCAUCACCAACAAUUGUGGAUUAUCUAGGAUUUCACCAGACUGAUGUAAUGCAUCAAAAUAUAUAUGAUUAUGUUCAUGUGGAUGACCGGCAGGAUUUCUGCAAACAACUACACUGGGCCAUGAAUCCGCCACAACUCAUUUCUGGACAACAUACGCCAACGGAGACAGGAGAAGAAUUCAUCCUUAAUGAAAUGUUUAAAGCACAGGAGGGUAACAGUACGCCAUCAGGCUUUUCAUCCUUUUUAACUCGGUGCUUCACUUGUCGAAUUCGCUGUCUUCUAGACAGUACUUCCGGCUUCCGUGCAAUGCACUUUCAAGGCAAACUGAAAUUUCUCUUUGGGCAGAAGAAGAAGUCUUCCUCGGGAGCAAUGUUACACCCUCAGCUGUCCUUAUUCUGUAUUGUGGUGCCACUUCUGCUUCCUGCCAUGACUGACAUGAAGUUAAAAAGCCUUUUUGUGAAAUCGAAAUGCAGAUCUGAUCAAGCGGCCACAACAGAUGCAAACUCAAAGGUUAUUUCUGAACAGUAUAUGGCUGAUCUUCAUAGAAGGAAUGCUUUCCAAGAAGGAAAGAAUAAUAGAGAAAAUGGCAUUUCUCUGAAGAGACUGCAAGGAAAUGAAGACCAUUGGGUUUGGAUACAGGCCAGGAAUCAAGUUCAGUACCGAAAUGGUUCCUCAGAAUAUGCCAUUGCCCUACAGCAAGCUCCCAAGGAAGACUGUCAUCAGAAGAUAACAGGCAGCCCCGCAAACACAAAAAGGAACAGAGAAAACCUGGGACAGAUGAAGUAUAGUAAGUGGGCCCCGAGGAAAAAAGAGCAGGACAGCAUAAAAGUGAAGUUUGAACCUUGUACAGAUGACGAGGAAUGUUUUAUUCAGCAAGAACUUGUCGGUCCUACUGCAUCGCUAUUUGGUACUCAAUACAGUAACAGAAAUGGCAUUUCGACUUCAGUGAAUCCAUCAAAUUACUGUUCUAGAAGUCAGCGCAAUGAGAAUACAUGUUCAAGCAAAACUCCUAGACCUUUCUACAACAGAGACCAACGGCUCUUUAGUUUAUCAUCGACCUGUCCUUCUCCCUGGGGUGGCACAGAAAAUUGCCAGCCUCACCCAAGCUUCCAGCAGUACACAACACAAAGUUAUUCUGGAGAAUACAUGAAGUUACAAUGUCCAUUAGUAUCCUCAGAAACUCCGUACAACACGGGGUUGGCUCAUAACAUCAAAACUGAAUAUGAUUCAGAUUGUGAAAAUAUAGAUGCUGUUUCAGCAAGUUGGGUCUGGAUUGGUGAAAACAGCACAAGGAGAAAGCAAGCGAUCCGUUUUCCUACUAGGGUUCACCUCAAAACAGAACUGGACCUCGGUGAGCAUCUGUCUCCUUGCCAAACCCCAAAGCAGUGUGUUUACCCGCCGUAUAACUGGCAACACAUUGUGAUGCACCACCCCAACCUCAACAAAAGUGGACCUGGCAAAGGAGUGCACAGCAAGGAGAUCGUUCCUCUGAGCUCCCAGAACUCUGUCUGUGCAGAAGCAACGGAGGUUGCACAAGACACACAUUACUGGAAUGAAUUUUAUAAUCCCAGUUUAGUCGAAGAGAGGGGGCUGAAUAGACCAGUUCUGAAGAUGCAGUGCGAGUUUAAAAAUCCCAGUUUUAUUCAGACAAUCAAACACGAGCCCUUAGAAUCUUCUCGCAUGUCUGGCAGUGGUCAGACCAGAGUACAAACUACUUUUCCUGAAAGCACAUUAGCUGGCUCUCAACCUCAUAAAAUAAUGGGAUGUGCAUUUUCACAACAAAUGGUAUAGGUGUGCUUCCAAAUGUUCACAACUGCCUCGUUAGUUGUGCCCGCAGAGAUGGGACAAAAGAGGAAGUUUCUCAUUAAUAGGGCACUCCCCAUUACAGGGAUUUAAGGACCUAUUUGACAUUGUUUUGGGGCAACACAGUGUCCUAGCCGUGGCUAGCCCUCCUUAACUUAAGGAUAGUGUGUGAUACGUAUCCAUAUAUAUAGUACCAAUCGCCCACAAAACAUGACAGAGAAGUGGCCUUAAUAUUCAUAAAAGCACUGUACAAUAUUAUUGCGGGCAAUUCCCUACUGAAAUUGAAGGCCAAUUUAAAUGUCAGUUUUAAGAAAAAGAAAAUGUUUGCGUAAAACAACAUAGCAGUUAAUUUAUCUCGGCCGGUAGUUCUUUGGCUCCCAGAUAUUUCAAGCAUCUCUCUUGUGCUAUUCAAAAAUAAAUAUAAUGUCCCAAAUUAACAACAGGGAUGCAAAAGGGAUACUUCUCCAUUUCCAGUCUUUUAGGCUCCAAGCAGGAGAAGUUAAAAGAGAGAGAAGGUGUAUAUCAGGAGAAUGGAGUCUCUCUGGACACAAAGUAAGGGAUUACUGCAAUCCUAACUGGAGAUGGGGCAUAAGAGUAGGGAAGAUCUCUAAUCUGCCUGGGCCAGCUUUUAAAGGUAUGGCUGCUGAGGGUGUUUGCCUAUUAUUGUUGCCUCUUACUAAAUUCUAAUUUGUGUCUGGAACCCCUGAUCCUACAGAUCAACAUAUUGCAGUGGCCUAAAUGGUGGUUGGCACUGUUUCUACUCAUGCUGCUCAGGAAACCCCAAUUGAUUUCCUUCCAGUUGGAAGUGCCUGGUGCUUCUAUGAAUCAUGAGGACAGGUGUUUGUUAAGUCCAACUGUUAGCGCUGCUUCAAUUUGUUGGGGGUAUCCAACCAGCAGACAAAGUUGAAGCCAGAUCCUAUGGGCUCUGGGGAUGGGGCAUGAACGAUAAUACGGAACUGUAAAACAUGAUUUAACUUCAUCUCCUUGCUUGCAUUUGUAUUGUAAUGCUUUGCUUUCCAGUCAUAUUUUAUAUGGAAUAUACAAUUGCAUCUCUGCAAAGCUUCUAAUGGACAAUGCACAUUGAAUUUAAUUAAGUCUCUGUGUAACCAGGAUUUUGUUUUAAAAACCCAAAUACUAACACUGGAUAUUUAAUCUAGUCGUACAUGUGUCCUGUUGCCUUCCUGAAGAAAAAAAAUGCUACUAAUUUACACGUAACCUGAUCCAUGUCUAUUCAGAAUAUUGAGUUCAAAGUGUGAUGUUCAACUUAAGUUUUACUGAGAGUAGAUCGAUCAUAAUGAAUGAACAUGAUUAAGAUAAGUCCAUUCAUUUCAACAAGUCUACUUUCAGCAAAACUUAGUUGAAUACCAGAUAAUGAGACUUAUUCCUUAGGGAGAAUCAUAAUCAAAAGUCCACAUUCUCUAUCAAGAAAAUAAUAUCUUCCAUGUUCCCGAAAUGUAUUAAUAGGGGAGAAAUUAUAGACCAUUUUUCACUAUGAAGACAAUUUCACUACCAAAUGAAAAUUAGUAGUAGCUGUUUAUUUUAAGAAGCACAGGCUUAAAAUGCACAAUGUAAAGUGAUCAGCUAAUAUUUUAGCUUAAUCAUGCUCACUGUUCAUAAAAUAUAUUAUCCAGUUGCUCUAUGAUCUUCAUAUCUUUCGCAUCAUUUUAAAGUGAUUAAACAGUAUUAAUAUGAAUAGGAAAAGUUUGCAAAAUAUCUGUUUCUGAAUAAAGUUUAUAUGCUUGGUUUUUAUCCUUUAAAAUGUUGGUUUGCACAUGUACAUGUAAAAAUAGAUUAUGUGAUUUACAUAUAUAACCUCAAAUGUCUAAUUUGAGUUAUUGAACUGAUCAGCAAAGGUAAAAGAGGAAGCAACAAAAAUACACUUUGUACUACUAUUUUAAGACACUAUAUUUCUAAUUUAUUCUAUAAUACCAGUCCUAGUAGCCUGAAAAUAUAUCAAGCUGAGGCUAAGUAGAAUAAAUUCCUUAUGUUGGUAUAUUCCUCUGGAAAGGAAAAAAAAAGUAUGCUCAAAAUUACAGCAUCCUGUCUGCUUGACAAAAUAGUAGCACUAUUGAGAGCCUUUUUGUUAAGGUUUAUUACUCUUACAAUCUUCAAUAAUGUUACUUACAUUUAUACUCGGCUGCUGUCUAAAAUGUAAAA